AUGGAAUAUAUACUAAAUUUGACAGCUGAAAGAUCUGUCGUAAGAGAAUCGUUGAAGGGUACGUAA